AUGAUAGGAUCCAACACCGCCCAACUCUUCGCGGCCCUCCUAUGGCUCGCCUCGGUGGCCCUGGCCGCCGACGCAGAAGCCUGGAAGUCGCGCACUAUUUAUUUCGUGCUCACGGACCGCAUCGCCCGGCACAGCAAGGAGACAUGUUCGGGAAGUCACAGGCAUCCGUGUCAGCACCUCGACAGUUAUUGUGGUGGCACCUUUGCCGGCCUCGAGUCGCAACUGGAUUACAUCCAGGGCAUGGGUUUCGAUGCCAUCUGGAUUACGCCGGUCGUUGCUAACACCCCUGGUGGCUAUCACGGCUAUUGGGCCUCGGAUCUCCUGUCCAUCAAUGAACACUAUGGGACUCCCGAAGAUCUGAAGAGCCUUGUGAAUGCCGCCCACGACAGAGACAUGUUCGUCAUGGUCGACGUCGUGGCCAACCACAUGGGCUACGGCAACGUGGCCGAGUUCAGACCCGCCCCCUUCAACCGACCGAGCUCCUACCACAACGACUGCGAAAUCGACUACAACAACCAAAGCAGCGUCGAGCAAUGCUGGAUCUACGGCCUCCCGGACCUCAAGACCACCGACCCCACCGUCCGCGCCGCGCUCUACGACUGGGUCUCCUGGCUGGUGCAGGAGUACAGCUUCGACGGCCUCCGCAUCGACACGGUCAAGCACGUCGAGAAGGACUUCUGGCCCGGCUUCGCGCGCGCCGCGGGGGUCUUCACCAUGGGCGAGGUCUGGGACGGCAACCCGGACUACCUGGCCCCCUACGCCGGGCUCAUGGACGGCCUGCUCGACUACGCCAUCUACUGGCCCAUGAACCGCUUCUACCAGCAGCAGGCCCGCUCGUCGCGCGAGCUGGCCGACAUGCACGACCGCGUCGGCCGCACGUUCCCCGACCCGGCCGCCCUGGGGACGUUCCUCGACAACCACGACAACACGCGGUGGUUGAACGAGAAGAACGACGUGUCGCUGCUCCAGAACGCGCUCGCCUACGUCAUCUUGUCGCGCGGCAUCCCGAUCGUGUAUUACGGCACGGAGCAGGGGUUCCACGGGGGCAGGGACCCGGCGAACCGCGAGGAUCUCUGGCGGAGCGGGUAUGAUCGGAACGCGGUCCUGUACCGGGCCAUUGCGCGUCUCACGUCGGCGAAGAAGCGCGCGGGCGGGUUGGCGGACGAUGACCAGGUCUCCCUCGUGGUGGCUGACGGGGUGUACGCCUGGAGCCGGGCGGGCGGCAGGUUGAUCGUGGUUACGACCAAUUUCGGGUGGGGGUAUGACGGUCGGCAGUGCGUCGAGACGGGGGUGGCGGGGAGGACGUGGCAGGAUGUCUUCUUUACCGAGUGGACAUACACUGCGAAUGACGACGGCAGAGUCUGCGUGAGGAUUAUCAACGGCGAUCCUGUGGUUUUGCUCCCUGUGUCGUGA